CAUAACACGGCGCUGAUGUUUUUGUCAUCUGAUAUCACGUGUAGCUUAUGCAAAGGUUCUUUUUAUACCUUUUUUUUUUUUUUUAAUUUUUCUUAUUUAAAUUCCUCAUUUGUUGUGUUUUUUUCGUGCGCUAAAUUUCUAUUAUUUUGUUCCGGUGGAUUAAUAUUUUAACACGCGAUACUUAUUUCAUUAUUGGCAUUAGUAUAAUUCACCUUCCGUAGAUACAGUGGUUCCGACAGUGUUUGAAGACGAAAUCAAAACAUGGCUCGUCAUCGAAAUGUGAGGACCACGCAGUAUUCCGACGAUGAAUAUUAUGAUGAUGAUGAUUAUUCAAAUUCAUUUGAGGAUGACUGUAUUUCUCCUAGUGAUGCAAUUUAUUUAAUCAAUCAUAAACCCAAGUUUGAUUCUGAUCAAGAAUUUACAGAUGCUAAAGUAAAUUCUUGCUUGCAAAGAGUAACAGAAGUGUUGGGUUUUGAAAUUCCCAAGGAUGUUUUAACUGGACAUUUGAUUAGAAAUGAAUUUAAUAUUGAUAAAACUGUUGAUCAAAUUUUAAAUUCAAAAUCUGGUGACACAAAAGGAAAAGAAUAUCAAGGAACUGAAGACAAUUCUAGUAGACCUACUGUAGUUAUUGCUUCUUCAUCUAAAAAUAAAGACAGCAUAGUUGUUGGUUUUGGAAAUACAUCAAUUUCAGGUUCAAAAAAUAAAAAUUUAACUGCAACACCUAAACAGACACCAUUUAGUACACCUAUAUGUUCUCCAGCAGCAACUCCGCGUAAUCGAUCUCCUCAGAGUACUCGUGUAGGAUCUCCACGUACAGAUCGGAAACUAAACUCUCCCAAGAAUACUAAAGUCAAAGAUGAUUCAGGGUUAUCAACAUCACAUCACAAAGAUCAACUUUACUUAAUUAUAAUUGGUCAUGUUGAUGCAGGAAAAAGUACUUUAAUGGGCCAUUUACUAUACAAAUUGGGACAUGUACAGCAGCGUACUAUACAGAAGUAUGAACAUGAGAGUAAAAAGUUAGGUAAACAGAGUUUCGUGUAUGCUUGGGUGUUGGAUGAAACUACUGAAGAAAGAAACCGUGGUAUUACAAUGGAUGUUGGUCAUUUGAAAUUUGAAACUAAGACAAAAGAUGUUACAUUAUUAGAUGCACCUGGGCACAAAGAUUUUAUACCAAAUAUGAUUACAGGGGCUUCUCAAGCUGAUGCCACUAUUUUAGUCGUAGAUGCAACUAAAGGAGAAUUUGAAACGGGGUUUGAUAGUGGAGGACAAACCAGAGAGCAUGCUCUUUUAAUACGAUCUCUGGGAAUUACUCAACUUGGAGUGGCUAUAAAUAAGAUGGAUACUGUCUUUUGGUCAGAAGAACGAUUUGAAGAAAUUAAAUCAAAACUUGGACUCUUUUUAAAGCAAGCUGGCUACAAAGAGUCUGAUGUAACAUUUGUACCAUGCUCUGGUCUGAGCGGUGAAAAUCUGGCCACGAAAGCUAAUGAAUCAUUACUUACUCAGUGGUAUAAUGGCCCUUGUCUAAUGGAUGUUAUUGAUUCAUUUAAACCACCAGAGCGCCCAAUUUCCAAGCCAUUAAGGUUAUGUAUAAGUGAUGUUUAUAAAAGUUUAGGGUCAGGGUACUCAAUUGUUGGAAGAAUUGAAACAGGCCAGAUGAGAGUUGGCGAUAAAGUCUUGGUACAACCUCAGGGAGAAAUUGCACAGAUUAAAAGUAUUGAAAUAGACGAUUUACCGCAACCUAUUGGAUUGGCUGGUGACUUCAUAAGUGUUGGGUUAGCUGGGUAUGAUGCUCAAACUAUAUACUCAGGUUGUGUCUUAUGUGACCCAUCAUUUCCCGUACCAAUAACAUCAAUAUUAGAAGCACGUGUUAUUGUGUUUAAUGUGGACUUUCCCAUUGUUCGAGGGCAUCAGAUUGUACUACAUUAUCAAAGUUCUUCAGAAUCAGCAGUUGUCAGUAGACUAUUAGCAGAACUGAAUAAGAGUACAGGGGAAGUUAUGAAGAAAAAUCCACGCAUGAUCAAGAAAAAUACUCAUGCUCUUGUCAAGAUACAAUUAUCGAGACCAAUUUGUGUUGAGGUGUAUUCAGAUAUCAGGCAAUUAGGCAGAAUAAUGUUAAGGUCUGGUGGUACUACUAUAGCAGCUGGCCUUGUUACUAAGGUUAAUUUCAAUAAAUAAAUAAAAUAAUUUUGUAAAAAAAAAUUGUUAAAUUUUUGUUGGUUAUUCUUCAUUAUACUUGAUUGAUUGAUUAUCAUUGA